AUGGGGAGAAAGCAAGACAUAGACGAUUCCGUUCCCGACAAAGACAGCGAUUCGGUAACGAGCAGCAGAUCAGAAGAAGACGAUGAGGAGUGGAGCGAACCUUUUCAGAAACAGACAAGCGGAAAUAAUGAAACUGAAGGCGUCUCCAAUACGGUGCGCGUGGAUUUUACUGGAAGCCUAAUCGAUGCUGCUGGGAGAUCUGUUGCUCAUUCCGAGUUGGAUGACUCUGUCUCAAGCGACUUGGUGAAUGAAAUCGAGCAUUCUCCUAUGUACCCAAGCUAUUCCAGCAGAUUUUUGACUGGAAAAUAUACAAAAGACGCUCCUGUUGAUGAGCACGGGAAAAUUGACUUUUUGAAGGAUCAUCUUCGGGAAAUGACAGGGUCAAGGCGAUUAGCUCUCAGUCUGAUGGACAAAAAAUGGUACAAUCCACAUGCUGGAAAAGGGGAAGUUGACCUAAAGAAGAGUUUCAAAGGUUCAGUGACAGGCAACUUCCCUUCUAUAAAGCGAGCAUGGGCCUACUUUGAGCACGCUACUUUGAUGAGGUAUGCUGACACUGGUGUGAAUAGGAAUUGGUUUGAGAUGACAUUGUGGGAACGGUUUCGAUACGCCAAAACACAUGCAGACGAAGAGUUUGAGAGAGCAAAACCUGGAGAGAAGACACGACCAACCAGACUUUACGACUGGCUCGCAACCCCGCAUAUGCAGCUAGGUGAUUUUGGUUUAGGGUUUGGGAUCUACUUUAGCACACUUAGGGCCAUCACGUGGAUCUUAUUCUUAACUGGUACGAUCUCUGUUUUCAAUAUCUAUUUCUUCGCAUCAGACGAAUAUGGAGUGAACGAUCCAGAUACAGGAUUCACCUACGAAGGCAUGGGAAAUCUGCUAAGAGGAUCCGCAGUUUGCACGGACGUGUCCUGGGUACCUUGCAGCGAUUGUUAUUGCAAUAGUACGAUCCAGGGAUGGGCUUUCCCGAGAAUUAAUAUUCGUUGCUUUGAUACAAACCAGACGACAGAUGGCCGUGAGCUCGAUGAUAGGAUCACUUUUGUCUUGAAAAAUAGGUGUUUGGAAGAUUCUAGUGCAAUCUUGACCUUGGGGAUGAUCAACUAUGGAGUGAUGUUGUUUUUGCUGCCAACCAUUUAUAUCUUGCUAGGAUAUUAUUUGGAAAGGCACGCAGUCUUGUUCGACGAAGACGAGCAAUCGGCACAAGACUAUUCCAUUAUCGUAAAGCGUCCGCCACCAGAUGCCAGAAACCCAAGAAAAUGGAGAAACUAUUUUGAAGAAACUUUUCCAGGGGUCGAGGUAGUUGCAGUGACCUGCAAUCUUGAUAACGAUUUGCUGGUUAAAGCUUUGGUUGCGAGAAGGGAAAUCUUGAGACGAAUGGAAGUGUAUUUGGAAAAGGGAACAGACAUGGACAUUGAUAAUCUCGCCUUGAUUGCUGCACAGGAGGCCCGCAACAGAGGCAAAUAUCUCGACGCGAUCAAAGCCUGGUUUAUUCCCGGUCUACCAGAACUGAUUUCAAGUCUAGUCGGUCUGAAUACACGAAUAAAGGGUUUGGCUCAGCUGGACUAUCCAUGCACAAGUGUGUUCAUCAGUUUUGAGAGGGAAAAUCAGAAACGCUUGGUGCUCUCAAAGCUAUCUGUUGGAAAGAGAUAUAUUAAAAGGAACGACCCAAGUGCCCUUGAGCACCCAAAGCUGAUGUUUGAAGGUACCGUUUUAAAUGUUGACCAGGCUACGGAACCAAAUUCAAUUCGAUGGGAAGACCUGAAUUUCCGAGUUGCAGAGAAGUUGAAGCAAACCACCAUUACAGCUUCCAUCACGAUCGGUGCCAUUUUGGUUGGUUCCUUUGCCGUCACAUUUGCCGAGAGAGCUUCUCCCGGUGUUGGGGCCGCGUUUACAAUUUCUGUUCUGAAUCUCUCUUUCCCUCAACUUGCAAAGUACAUCACCGACUUUGAGGGUCACAGAAACGAAAGUAAACUGCAAACCUCGUUGUACAUCAAGAUCGCGGCGUUUCGUUGGGUCAACACGGCAGUUGUGACAACUUAUAUCACGCCGUUUACCUAUACUUUAUUACCAGGUGGACUGAUAUCGCAGAUUGCGGCAAUUUUUUUUGCCGAGAUUGUUACAACUAAUGUCAUCCAAUUGACUGAUGUAUGGGGUCACUUCCAGCGGCAUGUUCUCGCGCCCAGAGAAAAGACCCAAGAUGCGAUGAACCGACGCUUUCAAGGAUUGCAGGUGGAAUUAGCAGAGCGAUACACAAACAUGACCAAAAUUAUGUUUUUGGCCUUUUGGUAUUCGUCGAUCUUUCCUGGUGGCAUGCUUCUGGCAGCCGUUGCGCUGUUAGUGAACUACUACACGGAUAGAUUUAGUCUAAUGAGAUCCUGGCAACGGGCACCUCGAGUCGGAACCGAGAUAUCCAACAUCAGCCUGAACUAUUUCUUCUCGACGGCGCUCUUCUUUCUAGCGGUAAUGAGUUCGUUCUAUUGGUCUGCGUUCCCCUUUGAUAACUUGUGUCCUACAGACCAGACAUUGAAUCCAGACUAUUACGGGACCUAUAACGUUACUACAGUCACUAAUGCUGGAAACAGGACUCUCAUUGAGACAGUGGAUUCGAACACGGAAGUCUACCGAUUCUGUAAUCAGGAUUUCAUCCUUCGGCCGGGCGGGCCAGACUUUCCGUUUAUCUAUCGAGAGGGCGACCCAGAUUUCGGAGACUCGUGGAUGAGUGAAGAGCAAAAGUUUCUUUCGCAGCUAUUUGGUUGGACCUCUAUUGGAUUCAUUGCUUUGGUGGUGUUAAAGUUUCUGUAUGGAAUCUACUGUCGCAUAAAGCGCGAAUUCGUUGUGGAGCAUGAGUCAAUUGGUGCCGAGCAAGGGAUAGCCUUUCAUGAAGUUCCUACCAUCGCUGGAUAUGUCCCCCAAGUGAAGAGCAACUUGUUUUCCUAUCCUUUGAUUGUAUGCGAUUGCGAUAAGCUUGGGGACCAGUUAUUUGAUUGGACGGACCCCGACCAAGAUUACGGGUAUUAUGACUUGACGAAGGAUGGAGAGCACAUCUUGACGGGAUCGAACCGGCGUGCCAAGAAUAGUUUCGAUCGCGUCAAAUAUUGGCCUCCGAAAUCAUUAAAGAAGAAAGUGAUGCGCAAAGCAGCGACCGAACGUCGGGUGUCUAGUGUAUUCAAUGCCGGUGGGUCGGUGAGUGGUAUGACGAGAUGA